AUGCCACCUAAACCAUUCCCACAAUUAUCCACGGAUCAAGAAAAUGACCUCAAGCUAAACACUGAGCAAUGGGCACUCACCAAUGGGUUGGUGAUGUAUCCACCAAACUUUGAUCUUCAUCAAGUAAAUGUGGCUCCCAUUACUCUAUUUCCCACACCUAUACCCAAAACUAGCUUUGAGCAGGCAAUUAAAGUGCAGAAAUUGUAUAACGAGUUAUAUAUAAACUUGAUAACAAAAAGAAAGGACUGGUUGAUUGACAUUUUGCAAAGCUUGGCUGAGUUUGAUCCAGACUUUUCGGGGAAGUUAUUUGACGUUUACCAAGAAUCCAUUACUGAUGGCGUAUUGCAACCAUUGUCGUUGGGAAUUUUUAGAUCCGAUUAUAUGGUGGACUCCUCAGAACAACAAAUCAAACAAAUCGAAUUCAAUACUGUUAGUGUUUCGUUUGGUGGAUUGUCUACAAAGAUUGGUCAAUUGCAAUCAUUUUUGAAUUCGACUGGGUUUUAUGACAAAAAGUACAAUUUUAGAUACUACGAUGAAGAUGAGCUUCCUAUAUCAAGUUCAGCCAGUGAUAUAGCUCAAGGUUUGGCAGACGGUAACUACUUUUACAAUGGAGAAGUUGCUAAUAAAGAUACAAUUAUUUUAUUUGUCGUUCAGCCUAAUGAGCGCAAUUGCUUUGACCAGAGGAUCAUUGAGUAUGCUUUGUUUCAAGAGCAUGGCAUUAGGUCAUUUAGAGUCACACUAGAGGAUGUCGAUCAAAUGAUCACUAAAAACAAUGACAAGUUGUAUGUCAAAUCAACAAUGGACGAAAUUUCAGUAGUUUAUUAUCGCUCGGGGUAUGGACCAGGAGAUUAUGAUUCUAAUCCCACAAAGACUUGGAACGCAAGGUUGUUUUUGGAGAAAUCACAAGCUAUCAAAUGUCCAUCAAUUUUGACGCAAUUAUCUGGAUCGAAAAAGAUUCAACAACUUUUGACCAAUGAGAGUGUAAUAAAACAAACCCUUCCCAAUAUUGACGAUGAAGAGUUACUGUCUCUUCUUUCGACUUUUGUCAGAAUACUCCCGUUUGACGAUACCGAACAAGGACAAGAAGCAGCCAAAUUGGCGUUUGAGAAGCCAGAAAAUUUUGUAUUGAAACCGCAAAGGGAAGGUGGUGGAAACAACAUCUACAAACAGGACAUUCCUGCAUUUUUGAACAAGAUUAGCAAAAAAGAUUGGGGGGCAUAUAUACUUAUGGAGUUGAUCAAUCCCGAGACCUAUCGCAACAAGAUUCUUCGCAAUGGUCAAACUUAUCAUGAAAAUAUAGUAUCAGAGUUGGGUGUAUUUGGAACGAUAGUUUUUGAUGAGCAGGCGGGAGCAAUAAAGUCAAACAAGAAUGCUGGGUGGCUAUUGAGAUCCAAGUUUGAAACUAGCGACGAAGGUGGCGUUGCUGCUGGCUUUGGCUGUGUUGAUAAUGUAUACCUAUACUAA